AUGUCUUCGAUUCCGGAAGGAGGCAGAAUGGCAUUGUCGCCGUCGCCACCUUCAGAGUCUUCCACUGCUCUCUCAGAGUCGUCAACCAACGAGAAUAAUAAUCAAUUUACAUCCAUCACAGUUGAAUUCAUCUAUUCAGGAGAAUCAUCAUCAUCCUCCUCCUCUACCAAGAAUGGUGCCCGCAAACGCAUCACCAAGGCACCUGCCGCGGUACAAAAGCUUCUUAUUCGUCCUACCGCUGCCUCAUUGCCCAAUCGGCUGUGCGAAAAGUGUCAUGACCUGCACGAAGUGGUAAUGAUAGAACAAGAAGAAGAUCAUGAAGCCAUUAUUGUCAAUAGCAGCAUAACGAUUUUGCAGACCAACACAAUCAAACCAGCUUGCCAACUCAAAACAAUUGGAGACUACGCCUUUGCGGAGUGUAUUAAGCUACCAAGAAUUUCGAUUGCUUGGUCGGUCGAAACCAUUGGCAAGAAUUCAUUUGCCAGGUGCAACCAGUUGGUUCAAGUAGACCUCAAUGCUGCUGUGUCAAAACUAAAGCAUAUCGGAUUCUGCUCCUUUUAUCAGUGUACGGCCUUGGCGCGAAUUUACAUUCCAUCGACUGUAGAAGAGAUUGAAGGCCAUGCCUUUCAUGGCUGUAGAUCCUUGAAAGAAGUCAAGCUGCUAGCAGCCUUUGAACAACCAAAAGACGAAGAACUCCGUUUGGGAUCCUUGGUGGUUGGUCCAUCCGCCUUUCUGGAUUGUUCUUCCUUCGAAAAAAUCAAAAUUCCAUCCAGUCUCGAGAAACUUCCCAAGAGUUGCUUCCAUUCAUGUAGCAACUUGAAACAAGUCUCCCUUCCCGAAGGUCUCAAGAAAAUCAAGGCCAGCUCGUUUCUCAAUUGCAUUUCGUUAAACUAUGUCAAGAUUCCAUCGACAGUCGAAACAAUUGAACAGGAUUCCUUCAAGGGAUGUUCAGCUUUGGAGGGCGUCGACUUUGGUAGCCCUCAUCAUCAACAACAACAACAACAGUCAAGCCUUCUAAAACACAUGGAAUGGGAAGCAUUUAUGGAUUGCAUUGCGCUGAGAAAAAUGUGGAACUAUCGGAAGGAUCGAGUCCAAGAGAUUCAGCAUUCUGCCUUUGGUAACUGCCUUGCGCUCCAAGCGGUUAUUUUGCCCCAGUCGGUGGAAUUGGUUGGGAUUCGGGCCUUUGCCAGCUGUCCGCGGUUGGUGACGGUCGAAAUUCCACCGACGGGAAUGUCUCCUCAAUUUCGGAUUCGCAAGGAUGCCUUUGUCCAUUGCAAGGCCAUGAUCAAUGUAUCACUGCCCAGAUCUCUAAGCGAAGAAUACAAGAUUCAUGGACUCGACAACAGAUUUGGUUCUGGAUUCGGCGAGAAUGGAUUUCAAGGAUGUACUUGGCUCGAGCAGCAAUAUGGAAGGGAUCUAGCUCCCUUUUUUAUGGGUGAAGUCAGCCGAUUUGGAGACGAUUACCCGAUCCACAAAUUGUGUUAUCAUUCAUCAGCAACGAGUGUGCAAACAUUGCGUAAAGCCAUUCAAAACCACCAAGUAGCAAAGAAGGAUGAUAGGAAUGACAUUGUGGAUGACUUUGGCAUGUCACCCUUUCAUAUACUCCUGACUGCUGGGAAGCGGCGAGUCGAUUUGCUCGAGGUGCUGCUAGAGACCUAUCCAUCCUACAUUUUGGGUUGGGAGGAUGUCACCGGGAAAAAGGCCAUUGAAUAUUGCUUCUUGGGAUGGAAUUGGACCAUCGAGUCCAUGUACAUGGUUCAAUUAUGCCUUCAGAACUACGUGACUCGUCGUCUUUCCAUGUGGGGUGGGUCCACAGUAUGGGAUACUGACUUGACUGCCGAGAUCAACAGUAUCCUUUCCGAAGACAACAAUGAACGGCAACAGCUACUGUGGCGGGCAACCUUUGCUACCUUCCAAGUUUUUGAACAAGUCGAGGGGGUAUCUGUUCUAGAGCUUGCCUUGUGGAAGCGAGAAAUAUUUGAGCAGAGCAAUGGAGACCUCGCCCAAGAUGCGGCUGAGCGAGAAGUCCAUCGAGCUCGAUGCGGAUCGUCGUUUGUAAUUCCUAAUGUGGUGUCCUUUCUGGAACUUGGAUAA